AUGGUUUUCUUCCCGCCUCGCAGCUUCCCGCCGCUGCCCCUGAUCCCAGAUGACGUCGCAAUCUGCGAUUUCAUGCUGGACGAGCAGCAUGGAAGGUCUGCCUUCAGCAACUCACAGAAUCCCUUUACCUGUGGUCUCAGUGGGAAAUCAUACUCAUGGCUGGAAGUAAGGGACCGAGUCGACUAUCUCGCGCGUGCUCUUGCCCAAGAGUUCAAUUGGCAUCCUAACCGCGGGUCAGAGUGGGACAAGGUCGCUGCAUGUUUUCUUGUAAACACUAUUGAUAAUCUAUCUCUGUACUGGGCUCUCCAUCGACUCGGUGGUGUAGUUACUCCAGCCAAUGCUGCGUACUCGGCCGCCGAAUUGACCUAUCAACUGAAAGACUCCAAGGCUACUUCUUUGUUCACCUGCGCUCCACUUCUAGAGACAGCAUUGACAGCUGCACAAAAAGCUGGCAUUCCUCCGAACCGCGUGUAUAUUGUCGAUCUGCCUUUGGAAUUUGUAGGCAACGCAAAAGCGCCUUCGCAGUUCAAAACCUUAGAACAUCUUAUCGCGACAGGCAAAUCUUUACCGAAGGUCGAAAAGUUACAAUGGGGACCUGGGCACGGAGCGCGGACGACUGCAUUUGUGUGCUACUCGAGUGGAACAUCAGGCCUCCCGAAAGGGGUGAUGAUAUCACAUCGUAAUGUCAUCGCUAAUUCCAUCCAAAUUUGCACCUUCGAGGAAACGUUUCGCCCAAAGAGUACAGACAAGCCCAAUACCGAAUCCUCACUGUGCCUUCUUCCUCAGAGUCACAUCUAUGCAUUAGUUUACAUGUGCCAUGCUGUACCCUUCAGGGGUGAUGCCCUCAUUGUCCUUCCAAAGUUCGAUAUCAUGACCUUUUUGGAUUCUAUCCAGAGAUUUCACAUCAAUACUCUUUUCUUGGUUCCUCCAAUCAUCAUCACAAUGUUGCGCAAUAAGGACUUGAUGAAGAAAUACGACAUGUCAAGUGUGACUUCCAUUUUCUCUGGAGCCGCGCCUCUCGGAGCUGAAACUGCCAAAGAACUGCAAGGGGUAUUCCCUGACUGGGCAAUUAGGCAGGGAUACGGUCUGACCGAAACUGCCACUGUCGUGUCUGGUACAACGGCUACGGACAUCUGGUUUGGCUCCAGUGGAAAUUUUCUGCCAGGUGUUGAGGCAAGGAUAGUCACCCCAGAUGGCAAGGAAAUUAUUGAAUACGAUACCCCAGGCGAACUCGCAGUCCGAUCACCAAGUGUUGUGCUAGGAUAUUUGAACAAUGAAAAGGCCACAAAGGAGACUUUCCGGGAUGGUUGGAUGUUCACUGGAGAUGAGGCUGUGAUGCGCACCGGUCCUCAAGGAACAGAACACAUGUUCAUCGUGGACCGAAUCAAGGAACUCAUCAAAGUCAAGGGAAACCAAGUUGCACCUGCUGAACUCGAAGCUCACAUCCUCGAACACGAACUUGUCGCGGACUGCGCUGUGAUCGGAAUUCCUGAUGAGGCCGCUGGCGAAGUGCCCAAAGCGUUUGUCGUGAAGUCGCCGCUAGCAACACAAGAUGAUGCUCUCACUAUAACAGCAAUCAAGAAGCAUGUAGAAGAUCACAAAGCGCGACACAAAUGGUUGAAGGGAGGUGUGGAAUUCUUGGACAUCAUCCCCAAGAGCCCUAGUGGUAAGAUCUUGCGACGGUUGCUGAGGGAUCAGGAGAGGGAGGCAAGAAAGAGGGCUGGCAGCAAGCUUUGA